UUCGUUAAAAUGGUGACAAAGUUUCUUUUAUUGAUUGCCUAUCUGGCCAUUGUGCGUGGUGAAUUAGUUUCACCAGUGGGACGUAGGGCACCAUAUGCCCCAGCUGGUUGGCAUCCACGGAUUCCGUUUAAUUUACCCAACGAGUACGUGCCUCCUAUCCGUUCCAGUCAGGGAGUGGAAAUCACCAAGGCCCGAGUGGACCAGAUCGUUCCAGUGGAUAAACCUCAAUCGAACUAUCUGCCCCCGCAACCACUGGAUGUCCCCGAGGAAGAGAUCCCGCCCAUUUCCCGUCCGGCUAACCAGUAUGGUCCUCCUGAUCCAGGCUUUAAAAUCAUCUAUCCAGACGAUGAGGAGCCAGUGACUCCCAGGGACUCCACCGACAACCAGCAGUCGAAAACCAGAGAGGGCCGAUACUUCGUUAUCUCUCAGGAUAAUAAACUGCAGAGAGUUACCUUCAGUUCUCAGCAAAAUGACAAUGAUGAGGAUUUCACGGCUCAGUUGAGCUACUCCACUGUGGGACAGCUAAAGGAUCCUGUCUAUCGCUACAACAAUCAGGGACAAUUGGAGAGGGUCUUAAAGUAG